GACGUGGUAGUUUUCCGUUGAACAAAGCCAGUACAUAACGUCUAGGAGAGUCAGAACGAGAAGAGUGUUGGAGAAGAUAGGUCUAGUGAAUUUGAAUAGUAGUAGUUGUAGUUUGUGUUCCGUGUGUUAGAUGCGGAUAGAGAAUCAACAGCAGUUUGGAUGAAGUGCAAAUAUGCGUCUUGAAAUACACUCCGCAGCAAACUUUUUGGUGCAUCUUCUGCGGCUGCAUCAUAAUGGCCUGACUGAAUCGCAACUGGAAAUGUUCAAAUCAUCAUUAACCGACGUCUUACGACGACGGUAUCACGAGCAUUGGUUCCCAGAGAAGCCAACUCGUGGCUCGGGCUAUCGCUGUCUACGAAUUAAUGGGAAGAUGGAUCCAGUGAUUGCGCAAGCUGGUGUUGCUGUUGGGCUGCCGGCAUCGUAUUUGCACAGGCUAUUCCCAUCGGAGCUGACCAUGUGGAUUGACCCAGCCGAAGUGUCCUACAGGAUUGGUGAGAAUGGGUCUAUUUGUGUCCUUUAUGAAGACUCGAACAGCGUCCAGAGUUCGGAGGAUUUGGGCUUGGAGAGGGUAUCCAAGGCUGACUGUACCAGUGGCAGCAACAUCAACACCAAUUCCUCGACGUCGGGGUGUAAGGAUUCCAUGAGAACAAUGGAGUUUUUCCUGGAUCCCAGAGGAGUUCAGCCAUUCGAGCAGCUGGCGGCCUACGUGUCCAGUUGAGCUAGUGUUCACAUCCUCCCCCGUCCUAACCCUCGUCAUUUUCCCCCACCGUACACGUUUGACGAUGUACUUACCCCUUACCCCAAAAUUAUCUCCCGCCGUAACCCUGCCAAAAAUGGUGUAGCCCUUGUGAUCUCAUUGUAAAUGGUUCAGUAAUUACCUAUUUUUCUCAUAAUAUCCCUUCAACUCCGCCGCACACGAUCGGGACCACUGGGUAAUGAAUGGUACAAAGAGGGAUGAACGCGUGAGUACAAGUUUGACUCAUCGAAAAAUGACAGUGUGUGCAUUGCAUAAUACUUAUUUUCUCCCAGAUAUUUGUACGACUGAGAGAGUGCUUGAAUCUGUAAUUGUAAGCCAGUGGAUGUGCGACAGUUUAAUAUUUCUUAACACUGUGAUGUGUAAUUAAGGAAAAGCAGGGCUGACUGUUUGACAGGGUAAAAGCGAAAUGUACUUAUAUUAUUGAUAGGUUAUAAAUAUAUAUGUAUACAUACAAACGAGUUUUUAACAUGACUGCCAUAUGGAAAAGUGGAGUCCUUUAAGCUUAAAAACAUGUGAGAUGUGAGAAGACUGCAGUGAAGGACUUCUCAUACUUUUCAGUAAAAGGUACAAAGCUGGGAACAGCAGUCUGUGAUUUUAAGUUUUGGUUGCAGUAUUUUUUUUUAUGUUAGUUCAGCGGAGCUAACUCGGAUUAUAAAGUCAUGCUUCAGGUUUUUUCUUUCAUAUUAAAGUCAAUAGUAAUUACAGAAAUUAAUAUUAUAUGAUUUAUAUUGUAUAAGAAAAUUUAUUGAAACAUUCUAUAUGUAAAAUAGGUAUGCUUGUACAUAAAUUUUGUUUAAAGAAA